AUGUGGGCGUCCAGCAGCAUGAUCAGCGAGAGUGGCUGCAGCUCGAGGGGCGUGCGGCUCGACGCCGACCCCAAGCAGAGGCGACUAACCAUUGCGCGCGGGACGGACGACAUGGACUCUUCUGUCCAGCUAUCGGACCAGGAGAUCGUCACGGACCUGUUGGCGACGCUACCCAAGCUCAAAGCUGCCGUGGAGGACCACGAGAACAGGGCUCCGAACUGGCUGCGGAAGUCGAAACACGGUGACUCCGUCGAGAUCUACGAACUGUUGCCGACUCGCGACGGUAAGGGCGACGACAUGGAUAUCGUCCACUCAGUGGUGGCGACGAUCGAGAUUGAAUGCCAUUUGAACGAAGUACUUAACGUGCUCACGAGCCACAAGACGAACCACGAUCUGGAGGCAUCGAUGCGGGCCAUUAUUCCGAAGAAGAAACUCCGACAGGGUGAGGUACUGCUUCAGCCUCACGCUACGACGCUGGACGGCGCUCCGAUCAGGAGAACUCGAGCCACGGAGAAGUCCUCGCGUGGUGGGAAAGCGGUGAGAUUCGAUGAUAUUCCGGAGGAUGAGGAGCAGGAGGACGAGGAGCGGAAGGUGCUCGUGAGUGUCAGCAUGACGCGCUUCAAGUCCAAACGCAGGUUGGACUUGCAGGGGCGACUGCGCAACCGCCACCAGCGUCUGCAGAAGCUCUGCCUCGCGACGCUCACGCACCAGUUCAUUGGUAAACAGCGCGCAGUUCACAUCAUCAAGACGCUCCCUCGAUCCGUUCACGAUCAGCUUGCUCCGAUCGAGGAGAAGCACCAGAGCCGUUCGGUGCUAGGCAGCGGCCUGCGCGGCCUUGACCAUAUCUCAAUCGGCUUCGACAUCCAAACUAGGACUGUCCACUGCAUCGGCGCGCGCGGUGCGGCGCAGUCGACGAGGAUUAUUGCACACGGGUACGCGUCCGUCACAGCCCCGGAAAACUUCGGCCAGCAGCAGACGAAGACCAUGAGGAAUUACAGCCCUUCGGAACUGGCCCAGUACCGCUCAGCUCAUGUGAACGCUGAGGCCAAGCACGUGAUUGAACUAUUAACAACGUCGCUGCUUCAAUUCGAGCGCGUGAUUCGCCGCCGACGCCUCGGUCUGCAGACAUUCAUCAAGAUGAAGGCUAGUAGCAGCGAUCGGCAGGGUUUCCAGGCGUGUGAGGUGUGCAACAAGGGCUUCUCGCUGCUUCGACGCGAAUUCGGCUGCCAACUGUGCGGCCACGUGUGCUGCAGCGACUGCUCCAAGCUCUACGAGGUGGAGCAGGUCGUCGGAGAAAUCGCCAAGAAGCGGCUGUGCGUGCGCUGCAUCACCAACGUCGACUCGUGCAUCUUCGAGGACGAGGACUUCAUCGCUGCGCUGGGUCCGGCGAAAUAUGACUUCGACCGCCGCGGUGAGAACGACACGUACGCGAGUCUUGGAUCCACCGUGGCUUGCUCCGAGGUUGACAGUGGAGGCAGUCCCGACGACGUGUCCGCGGAGCUGUACCCUGACAACGUGCUAGAGCGCUCGAUGGCGCUGCAGACGCUCGAUCGGCUGGUGAACUCGCAGGUCAACGCCAAAGGGAAGCAGACGCUGUUCGAGCGGUCUCGCCUCACGCAGUCGCAGUUGUACCAGUCUCAGCUGGCCCAGUCUCGCCUCACGCAGUCGCAACUGAGCAACUCGCACAACUCGCAGUCGCAGUUUGACCACUCGCAGUUCAACCAGUCCCGCCUGAAGCAGGCGCAAUUCGACGAGUCCAUCGUGGCGCAGCUCCGCGCCGACGUCGAGGACCACCUGAAGCGAACACUGCGAGCCACGCUACGCAACACCAAGAGGGGCUUCGCUGGCGCCGACGAGUCGAUGUUCUCCAUCGCGCCGCUGGAGCGCGACUAUCAGCUCGAGUUUGACGGCAGCCAGACCAUGUCCCCCGCACACCCGCUGCCGCCCAAGCCGCUGCCCGUGCAGGAGCGGAGGAGACUCGAGUACGUCAUCGGCUCCGGCGCGCUGAGUCCGACGUACGACCGCAGUGCACUCAACAUGCUGGGCCAGAUCGCUGCGGCUCACCUGGACUGCCCCAUCGGGUACAUCACCAUGAUCGACCAGUCUACGCAGUACGUGGUGGGGCUGCACCCCGGCAACGCCAUCGGCAUGUCCAUUCCCCGAGAGGAGUCCAUGUGCUCGUACACCAUUUACCACGAGCGUCCGCUGGUGGUCAAGAACGCAUUGAACGACGUCCGCUUCAGCCACAUGGGCUUCGUGAGCCAGACUGGACUGCGGUUCUACGCGGGCUUCCCCAUCCGCGCGCCUGACAGCGCCGUGGUGGCCACGAUCUGCGCGGCCGACUAUAAGCCGCACAAGUACAUCUCGGCCAAGCAGUACGCCGAGAUGGAGGCGCUGGCCGAAUUGGCCAGCACGCUCAUUAUCACUCCCGACAUCGAAGUCAAGGCGGCCAAGCGGGAGCCGCAGCAAGCGUUCCCGCGGUGGUAA